AAAGGAGGGAGGGAGGGAGGGAGCGCGCACGCCAGAUUAUUGGAGAGCCCCAAACAUCCCCCUCAGCAGCGCUUUCUUUCUCUCUCUCUCUCUUUCUUUCUCUCUCUCUCGUGCAAGGCUGGCGUGUGACAGGCAUACCAAUCCGGACUAGAGAGGCAGAGGCAGACCCAGCGGAGGGCUCCUGGGAUUGUCUCUCUCUCUCGGGAUUUACAAACCCAGCGAGAGGGAGGGAGGCAGGGAGGGUGGACGAGGAGUCGGGCGCCCGCUCCGGGCUUCGGAUCCUCGCCUCUGGUGCCUCCUGCCCUUGCACCCCUUGCACCCCUUGGCCGGCGCAAAAAGGACGACGACCACACGCUCAGAAAUAACCAGACCUACUCUAUUUCUGGGAGUCGAUUUUCAUCCCCCCCUCUAUUUUUUAAAACCAAACCAAAACAAAAGACGCUAUUUCUCAUGUGGAUCUGAAACCCCACCACCAGAGAGGAAUAUGAACAGGAAAACCAGGCGCUGGAUAUUCCACAUCUUUCUGAGCCUAGGGAUUGUCUAUAUCAAAAUUGGGGGCUUCUCCUCCGUGGUGGCUCUGGGCGCCAGCAUCAUCUGCAACAAGAUCCCGGGCUUGGCUCCUCGGCAGAGGGCGAUCUGUCAGAGCAGGCCCGAUGCCAUCAUCGUGAUCGGAGAAGGCUCCCAAAUGGGCCUCAAUGAGUGCCAGUUCCAGUUCCGCAAUGGGCGCUGGAAUUGCUCCGCCUUGGGAGAGAGGACAGUCUUUGGAAAAGAGCUGAAAGUGGGGAGCAGAGAAGCAGCAUUCACCUAUGCCAUUAUUGCUGCUGGAGUAGCACAUGCGAUCACUGCGGCCUGCACCCAGGGAAACCUCAGCGACUGUGGCUGUGACAAGGAAAAACAGGGACAGUACCACAAAGACGAAGGAUGGAAAUGGGGAGGCUGCUCUGCAGAUAUCCGGUACGGAAUAGGAUUCGCCAAAGUGUUUGUGGAUGCAAGGGAGAUUAAACAGAACGCCAGGACGCUCAUGAACUUACACAACAAUGAGGCGGGGCGAAAGAUCCUUGAAGACAACAUGAAGUUGGAAUGCAAGUGCCAUGGUGUGUCAGGAUCCUGUACCACUAAAACCUGCUGGACAACUCUUCCUAAAUUCAGGGAGCUGGGCUACAUUCUUAAGGACAAAUAUAAUGAAGCUGUUCAAGUGGAACCAGUGAGGGCGAGUCGUAAUAAGCGCCCAACAUUUCUGAAGAUAAAGAAGCCACUCUCCUACCGUAAACCUAUGGAUACGGAUUUAGUGUAUAUAGAGAAAUCGCCUAACUACUGUGAAGAGGACCCUGUGACUGGCAGUGUUGGAACACAGGGUCGAAUGUGCAACAAAACAGCCCAACAGACCAAUGGUUGCGACCUGAUGUGUUGUGGACGAGGUUAUAAUACUCACCAAUAUUCACGAGUGUGGCAGUGCAACUGUAAAUUUCACUGGUGCUGUUAUGUUAAGUGUAAUACAUGCAGUGAACGAACAGAAGUAUACACCUGUAAAUGAAAGUGUGGCUUGGGAGGGGGAGCCAACAGCCCUGGAAUAAACAAAUUUUUGUUUUGCACAUAACCUCACUGUACCUAUACAAGACUGUAGUAAAGAUCCACACUUCUUCCCAAAAGAAAAGCCAGCAAAUGGACCCCAUCUGUCCCUCUAACCUUUCAUCAUUUUUGUGGAUAUCCAUCAAAGACUUAGAGGAAUAGUCCAAAAUUUACAGCAGACUCCUUAAGGGGAAAAAGGAAACAUCAUCUCAUUCAAAAUAUAAAUGGGGGAAAUGUUCUCAAAUAAUUUGGGCUUUCAAAAAUAUAAUUUAUUGACUGCCUUAUGCGAAUGGAGGAGGGGAGUACACAUCAAGACAUUGGUCAAUGGGGGUCUUUGGCACUGGAUGAAAGAGACUGAAAUACACAGGCUAUCAUGCAUAACAAGAGGUCUGGGGGAAACAAACAAUACUUUAACACAAUCUUUGCACAGGAAAGGGUGACAAUGGCCAGUGUGAAUUUCAAUUUAAAGAGUGUGGAUUAUGCAGAUUUAGGGAUUCCUACACUUUUGAAAAGCUUCUGCUGGUUGUUUCUUGUCUUUCCAUUUUUCCCCCAGUCAGUGUGCUACUGUGAGUAGAAUUGUUGUGUUUUCCAUAUAAACACUGGUUUAUCUGCCUUUUUGUCGUGCUGCAGAUUUUAGCACAGGGGUUUGGGUUGUCUGGGCAUAAUAAUAAUAGCAAUAUUUAACAAUUUAUCCAGAUAAAGCUAAUAUUAAUUUAUUUAAUAAAAAAACAACUCUACCAACAUUUUUGGGAACCACUCUGCAAGUGAAAAUAUACCUGCUUUUUGUGGAAUAAAUUUGUAGAUAUGGAAACUGUGGAAGGGUAAAGAAACCCUUGAGUUGUAUAUAUUGUUGUUUACUCAGAUAUUUCUACUAGUUAUAACUGCAGGAUAUUUUUCUGCAGUAAUAGACGUUAAGUACAAAAGCAGGCAUCUUUUUUAUAAUUUUCUUGGCUCUUUGCUGCUAGUUGUCUGGAAUCUCAAACUGAUAUUCAUCUCUGCAUAGUUAUCAGUACAUAAUCUCCCCCUCUUUUUUUAAAAAAAAUAAAAGGAAUAUUAGAAAAAUCCAGCUGGGAAUAAUGUAUCACGACAUAUAAAUGCAAAACUCCAGACAAGUUUCCCUCUUUGGAAAAAUGAACCAUAGGAUAAAAGAAUAUAUUUUCUAAAAGACUAUUUUUAUAUGAAUAUUUUAUUUAUACUAUAACUGCUUGUAUAAUUCUAUAACUUGUACUUUUUCUCAAAACAGGCACAUGGUUUGUAAUUCUUAGGCUAUUUAACAGGUAAAGGCUGAUUGCUUUGUUGAAACGAAAGUAGCAAGAUACUGGUGGAUGUACAAAAUACAGAGUGAAUUUUCUCCCCGGAUGUAUGUACAAAGUGGCUUUUUUCCUGCAGUUCAAUUUGCAGAAUAUGCAGAAUAAGAACAGGGUAUGCAGCAUCAGUGUUGUCACAUGGCUUGAAUUCAUAGUUGGAAUUAACUGGAUGCUCCUUUAUCCCAUUCAGGAAAAAAUCUGAAUUAGCUUCCCAUAUGCGUUAGUCAUUAAACUGUGGCAUUAUGACUAGCAAAUGUGCUGUGUGUGCUGUCAGUUAAACCUCUAUAUUGUGCUACUGUCAAAUUUGAUUUUAUCACUGCAAGACUGUAGACUAUGACUGUAAAAACUAGCAUGACAUGCAGAGUUUGAUUCUCAUAGAUAAGACACAAUGCUUAUGGGUUUUGUCCAACUAGUUUUGCCAUUUGCCUUCCCCUUCCCCUUGCCAAAAACCCUUUAGCUGAAAAGAUCAACUCAUAUUUAGACAAGCUUUCAAUAAUCCAUUUUUCCUUCCUUCUUUUGUACCAUUCAGUUUCUACACUUUGGCAUUUCCUUUCUUAUCCCUAAGAAUUUAUCCUGCAAUUAUGUUCAAUUAAAUAGUUUGCUUUUGUGGAAUCACUGUGAUCAUUCUGCCAGGAUUGUUAGGUUUUGAUCCCCACAUUUACUAUUACAAUUUCUGCCCAGGCUGUGCCACGCCCUGAAACCAAGCUUCCACACUAUAUGCACAAUAGUGCAGGAAACUUCUAUCCCAUGGACAACAUUUACAUUGCUUUACCAGCUGCUUGCAGACAGCCUCAUCACACCAGAGCAUGGAUCCACUUUAAAUCAGGUUUCUGCCUUUUGCAGAAUUCUGGGAUUUGUAAUUUGGUGAGGCCCAGGACCUGCCUGGCUGAUCAGUUUAAAGGCCCCUCCCCUAAACUACUGGCUCCGUAAUUCUGCAGGAGACAGAAACUGGAUUUAAAGUGGAUCCAUACUCUAGUGUGAUGAGGUCUCAAACCUACAUUAUCUCGUGGGUGUGAGCUCUUUUAUUUAAAUGAAGACUUGAAUGUCCAUACAUUCCUUAUGUAGAAAAAAGGAAAUCUUUUUUGGUCUUAUACAUGUACCCUCUUGCAGUGAUCCAGACACCUAGGGUAAAUUGAUUGUGCUUGUUCUGCAUGGCAGGGGGUUGGACUAAAUGGCCCAUGUGGUCUCUUCCAGCUCUUUUAUUCUCGGAUUCUAUGAUUCUAAAUCUCCUUUGUAGAAUCAAUGCAGUUUAACACCACUUUAACACAUAUGGUUCAAAGCUAUAGAAUCUGGGAGUUGUAGUUUAAAAAAAUCUUUAGCCUUCUCUGGACCCCCAUUGCAUUGUUCCUAAGGCAACAUGGGAAGCCUCCUGUGUUGCCGCCAUGGCGGUGUGCGCCACUUCCUCUUCUCUUUCAUCAUGGAGCCUGGUCGGAAGUUGAUGUUCAUUGUAAGAUGGUCUCUGUGCUGAAAGAGGAGAAAAAGUGGCGUACGACGGGUAAAUCAAUCCAUCUGAUGAGGUCAAAAAAGUAUUACUUCUGUAGAUGUAUCUCUGAUCCAACAACUAGUUCCAGCAAGAGGAUACAUCUUGACUCAUUGAGAUUUGUCUAGGUACUGACUCCAGCAAUUGAGUCUGUAUACAGUAGAGUCUCACUUAUCCAACAUUCGCUUAUCCAACGUUCUGGAUUAUCCAACACAGUUUGCCUUCUGUCUGGAUCCACAGAAGCAGGGAUUGAACUUUUAAUGGAUUUAAUUUCCAACAAUGUUGUUACUAUAAGUUCAUUUUAUGCAAUUCUAUCUUUAUUUGUAGUCAAUUUGUUAGUAGUCAAUGUUUUUUGGUCAAUGUUUUCAAUACAUUGUGAUGUUUUGGUGCUAAAUUCGUAAAUACAGUAAUUACUACAUAACGUUACCAUGUAUUGAACUGCUUUUUUUUGUCGAUUUGUUGUAAAGCAUGAUGUUUUGGUGCUUAAUUUGUAAAAUCAUAACAUAAAUAGACAUUUAAUAGGCUUUUCUUAAUCCCUCCUUGUUAUCCAACAUUUUCACUUAUUCAAUGUUCUGCCGGCCCGUUUAUGUUGGAUAAGUGAGACUCUAUUGUAUCUAUUCUAUUUGGGACUAAGAACUGGAUUUAGGCUGCUGAAUCCCAACUCUACGGCACUUGUCUGUGCAUGUGAAGAGGCUGCCCUGGCAAUGUCCUUUUCUGACAAUAGCUUCUCAAGUCACACUGAAUCCUGCUAUAUUGGGUCUCUAGCUUUCAAGGCAUUUUUGUGGGGAAAGGGAAGAGCCUUGUUGUUCCACAUGGUGCAUUUUAAAACAUGGAUUGCCUGUUUUGCAUUUCUGUAUUAAAAAGACAGGGCCUGGCAGUUGGUGACAGAUGUGAACUGUUAUGAUGCAUCCCAAGGAUAUAAGAAAAGUUGGGUAGUUCAAUCAAUAGAUAAUAUCUAUAUCUAUAAAACAACAAUAAAUAGAUAAUCACAUUAUGCACUUCACGAGAUGUUUCACACACCUUCCAAAUGCUCUGUUUUGAAAGUGACUGUUCCAAGUGAUUUUCUGUUGCUCCAUUUUUUUCCAAUUAAAUGUCCCAAUUUCUCUCUCUU